AUGUACAAUUUUACCAUCCGCUACAUCAACAACACCCUCACUACACGUAAGAAUAUGGCAAGAUGGGGAUUAUCACAAAGUCCUGAUUGCUCCUUUUGCCUUAAUCCUGAAUCACUCCCUCAUGUUGUCGCUGGUUGUCAACAAUACCUUGAUCGCUUUACCCGGAGAUACGACUCAAUCCUUAACUUCAUUGCCAAGUCACUUCAACCUGUAAUUAAUGUUCACUCUUCACUCUAUGCAGAUGUUAAUGAGGGGGAGAUGGUGGUUUACGGUAUUGCGGUACUGUGCUUUUUUUCAUGCGGUAUUUCGGUAAUUUUAAUUUUAACGUGUAGCAUUGUGGUAUCAUCUAGCGCUGCGCUAUCCGAUUUUUCAUCAUUUUGGCUGACGGUAUUCGGUAAAAUAAGAUUGUUCACGGUAUUACGGUACCGUUUAUUUGAGCUUUCCUUUCGAUACAAUACGCAAAACAAAACACAGUUGGACAUAAAGGUCAAUAAAAGUUAAUAUUUAGAAGUCUUGAGACAUAACGAUAAAUGAUUACACCAUUUGUGGGUCAAUUUUGUGACAGUUUAGGAGGACCUCACUGGGAUUAACCGAUAGGCGUAAAACGGCCUAAGAUUUAGUAGUUAGGCGUAAAAAUUGAAAAAGAAAUUGUUCCCUAGCCAGGUUUGUCAAUUUAAGGAAGGUAUUAAACUCACUUUUUAUAUGGUUACGUUUUUUACUUCCCGGCUACUUUGACUCCGUACGCACGUUAGGCCAAGCGCCUAGCUUUUAGGUGUUGACCUAGACCUAAACUCUAUUUUCGUCGCUUUCUCGGAGAACUAAUUUUUUCCAUAGCGAAAAUCUGGCUUCUUGCUGGGGAUUAAUAUUUGCGAUUUUCAAGAGGUUGAGCCCUCGAAAUACUAGUGAAACAACACGCGGAGAUAUGUCACUGUUUGUAAAACACGCGACCGAUAAACAACAAUUCCCUGUUUUUCUCUAACGCCACGGUAGACAUUGCCAUGUCUAGUUCUUGUAUUAAAGGCGUCUUCCCACGCAGUCUCGUUCAAGGCAUUUCGGUGGCGUAUCUAAGAAAAAAAACUCACUCGGCCCACGUGACCCGAAACUUAUUAGCCGCGCUGAACGAUGAGGCCUACGGACAAGGCAACAGGAGACUGAGUCGUUCUGUACAGUCUUUCCCUAUCAUUAAAAACACUGGACACGGGAAUUUUGUUAUUGGCUGUUUUCACAUCAGAGGUAGAAAUGGAUCAUCCGUCUGUAGACUAGCCUGUGUGCAGACGCCCCCUCCCCCACAGACACCCCUUCUCCGAUUUUUUCAGAGGAGGCGGCUGUACACAGGCUAUCAGAAACGGAUAAUCUAUAUCCAAACUGUCCGUCAAAAUUGACGAAUAAAGUCAGGUGGUUUGUUCAUUCAAAAUUAAAACCAUUCCGUUUUGAAACUAAGACGUAUUGCUUAUCUGACGCGAAUUAUCAAACGGAUAACCCGUCUCACACGAAUCACCCGUCUCUAGUGUGAAAACGGCCGUUUCUGUUAUAAAUGAAUGUCACGCCCCCGGUCUUGAGUUUGGCGUUCGCGUUUUAAAUUAACUAUUGGCAUUUCUUUGCGUAAAAUAAUACUAGAAGUGGAAUACUUUAUAAAAAGUAUGAUCUAUCAAAUGUUAAAAUUUUUCAGAAGGAUAGCAUUUCAUUCCGAGAUCAUCUUAAGACCUUUAUUUUGCUUUAAAGAUACAAAAAAUACAGGUUCAUUAACAUUGAACUCUUUGAAACAAAAGAAAUUAAUCUUUAACUUUUUUGUUAACCGUAACUGAAAAAAAAUUAACCGAUAGCCGUAAAAGAGCCAAAAUUUUAGCCGAUAACCGUAAAAGCCACCACCCCAUUGAGACCCUCGUUUAGGGACGGACCAUUAGAAAACUUAUGGGGUGGGGGNGGGGGGGGGGGGGGGGGGGGGGGGGCGAAGUACUAAAAAAAUAUUCGCCCAAGGGAAAAUUAAAUGAAAAAAAUUCUUGCACGCCAAUUAAUACAAAAAAAUAUUCAUGCUAUGGCCCAAAAAAAUUCAUACAAGGAAUUUGAUAACGAAAAGUUGGUAAGUUUGCCUCUUACCGGCGAGGCGUGUGAGUCAGUCGAGAUAGUUGACCCCUGAGGACUGACGUGCUAGACUAGACUCACUUAUCAAAACUCGCACUACACGUGCGUGGAAAGGGUUUUGGUUGGUUUGUUUUUCGCGCUUUCAAGAGUUAUUUUUAUUGGAGUUAAUUAGCUGUUGGGUCGACCUACCAAAAGGUUGAACGAAAGUAGUUUACUUUGCAGUAAAAAUUUGCGAAAAGUUUGCGAACUACCAAAAUAUAUAUCAAAAAAACGUGGACAUCUGGUGCAUAAAUGUCUGAGAUCAUUAAACACGCUAAAUGGAAGCAACCAUAAGUAUGCGGAACCGAUUAUAAAUGUGAUUAAAAUAUUCGGUAUCGGUAUUUAGACGAUUUUCGACGCGGUAUUUCGGUAUUUGCCAUUUUGUCUUAAGGUAUUGCGGUAUUGGGUACCCCCCAAUGCCCCCCUCGUUAAUAGUUUUCUGAUCAUGAAUCCCUCAAUAAUAACUGGUGAAAGUUAUCGUUCAGAUAUUCUUUUCCUAAUUCAGUCCAAGUGCCUAUAUGUUCUAGAAUUAACGGUUGGUUUCGAGUCUAACCUUAACAACAAUGCAGUGCGUAAGAAAGAAAAAUAUCUGAACUUGAUCAACGAAAUGAGUAGAAAUUACAGAUGUGUGAGAUUUGUAAAUCUCUCCAUGAGCUCCCUUAACGUUUUCUCCGACGAAUGCUCCACGUUCUUAGACAUGAUGAUUGACAUUGUCAUUGACAAAAAGCAGCACCUUUAUUUAAUCAAGAAAAUGAUAAAUAUAGCCAUUAGAGCAACAUAUUACAUCUUUUGUUGA